UUGUCGAAGAUGAGCCAGUCGACCAAGGCACCAAAGCUGCAUGGGCGGGCUUUCUACGAGAGCAUCGGCUGCCCAAAGCUGAUCCUGGCGCCCAUGGUCGAGCAGAGCGAGUUUCUGUGUACAGAGGACGAUGCUGACGAAACAGAUAGGNCAUGGCGCCUGUUGACGCGCUCGUUCCUCCCAGCCGACCAGAACAAGCAACUGCUUGCCUACACGCCCAUGUUCCACGCCCGCUUGUUCCAUGAGAAUGCAAAAUAUCGCGAGACACACUUCCAGCCACUAAAGGCCUCGAUGCCCGAGUCGCCUGUUCCCUUCCAUGAGACCCACUUCGAUCAAAACGACCUUCAUCUCGAUGGCAACCACCAGACCGACCGUCCUCUGUUCGUUCAGUUUUGCGCAAACGACCCCGACGACCUGCUCGCUGCCGCUCGUCAUGUCCAGCCCUUCUGCGAUGCUGUCGACCUCAACCUCGGUUGUCCUCAGGGCAUCGCUCGCAAGGGCCAUUACGGUUCCUUCUUACAGGAAGACCCCGAUUUGAUCUACAGGCUGAUUAACAACCUUCACCUCAAUCUCGAUAUCCCCGUCACUGCAAAGAUGCGCAUCCUCGACACACUCGAAAAGACUCUAGAAUAUGCGAAAAUGAUCUUGUCUGCCGGUGCCAGCAUUAUCACCGUUCACGGCCGUCAACGCCAUCAGAAAGGUCACAACACAGGCUUGGCCGACUGGUCUGUCAUACGCUACCUCAGGGAAAACCUUCCUCCAGACACUGUCAUCUUUGCCAACGGCAACAUUCUGCGCAACGACGACAUACCCGCAUGUCUCGAGGCCACUGGUGCUGACGGUGUUAUGAGUGCCGAGGGAAACCUCUACGAUCCCGCUGUCUUUGCUCAUCCUCCGCCCGUGGGUCAAGAAGGGAGAGAAUACUGGAGAGGAAAAGAUGGCAGAGGUGGCUAUCGCAUGGAUGCGGUGCUCAGGCGCUACAUGGACAUUAUUCACAGAUAUGUGCUCGGUCAGGAGCCACCAACGCGGAAACCUUUAUUCAUGCCUGGCCAUGACGAUGCGCCGACCGAUGCAGCUGUCGCCAACUCGGUUACUGAGAGCCUUCCCAGUCAGAAGCGACCCGCUGAGGAUGAGCUUGCAGGCGCCGAGGCAGCAGAAGAGUCAAAUGGUCAACCUCCUUCCAAGAAGCAAAAACAGAACAAGGGCGAAAGUCGCAAGAAGAACGAGAAGUGUUCGAAUCCUAACCUCACCCCAAUGCAGGCUCAUCUUUUCCACAUGCUCCGGCCAUUAGUCUCUAAGCACACCAAUGUGCGAGAUGCUCUUGCCCGCUGCCGUGCUGGCGACAUUGCCGCAUAUGAAAAUGUUCUUUCCAUGGUCGAGGCUGCGGUCAAGGAAGGUCUGCUUGAGUACGAAAACUCCCCGCCAGAAGAAGCCUCAACCGACCCACAGACCAGACCUGAAGUGGACGCACAAAACGACGAGAGCUCGUUGGCGGCUGUUGCAUGGUGUAAAAGGCCGUGGUUCAUCUGCCAGCCAUAUGUACGACCACUGCCCAAGGAAGCCAUCGAGAAGGGGUCGAUGCAACUUACCAAGAAGGAAAAGGAAAGAUUGGAGCGUGAANAAGAGGAGAAUAAACAGGUUGGCUUGGUGCCAGAGGGCAGAGUUGAACAACAGGAGAGCAAUGGCGAAAAGGUAGACGUGCCAAAAGAGGGCAUGGUUUGCGGAUAG